GUUCGGCUUCUAAGCCCUUAAUUUUAGGCAAUAACUGACAAAUAUAUAACUAAUCGACAAAAAUGGCCCCCAAGCAAAGGAUGCGUAUUGCCAACGAGAUUGCCAGCAAAAACAUCACAAUGAGAGGCAAUGUGCCAAAGUCCACGAAGGAAAAAGAUGAGCAGUAUCCAGUGGCACCGUGGUUGUUAGCUCUAUUCAUCUUCGUAGUCUGCGGAUCUGCUGUUUUCCAAAUCAUCCAAUCCAUCAGGCUUGCCUAAGCAACCGACUGUUACAUAGCGGCAACUAACGUGUGGCUUGACAUAACUAUGUUACAACUUGGCAGCUGUUAUCUGAUUGACCACUUGUUUAAUUUCAAUUUUCUGACACGUUUUAAACGUGACAAGUAAAAAUGUGACCAUUAUGUUUUUGACUUGUGACACAUUUGAAGCCGGUGUGCGGCUUUUCGCCUUAAAGAUUAUAUUCUAACUGGCAAAAAACUACCAAAAACUAUCUCUAUGUAGAGAACAUGCAGCAUCGAGUGGGUUGACAAUUGAUAGUUGGAAUAUUAUCUCGUUAUCAUCCAAGAUCUCUAUCGAUCAGUUAAAAAAAACUUAAGUGUUGUAAUUACUGGUUUUUGAGAGAUUUAAGGUGUGAAAAAUGUUUGUGACAUCCGGGGAAAAUUGUAACAUCUUUGACGCAAUGUGUUGCCAAAUUGUAACAAUGUUUUUUUUUAUUAAGUUUAUGAUAAAAACUAUUUCAAAAUUAAUUGAAUAUGUACAUAUUUUUUUAAACUAUUAGAUUACAAUACUUUUAAAACUCUGUAGAUAACAGUAAUAUGUCCUUAAAAAAAUGUUCAUUGUACAGUUUUUAUACUUUUUCAAGCCACAUUAUCCCUUCUAAUUCCACAUAAAGGUUUGUUUACAUCGGUUUUUUUUUAUUUCCAAUGUAGACAAACCUUGGCUGCGCAGUGAUUACAAGAAUUUAUACAAAUCGACUAAAGUUUUUAAUGUUUAUGCGCAGUAAUCCUUCCACAUAAUCUCACCAUUAAAUGUACGUACUAUAUUCUUGUAUAUUGUAAAAUAAAAUUGAAAAAAGAAUAAUGUUUAAGCAUUUAGGGUGUCUUCAAACUAGACGCUUACAGAAGCACUACAGUGGCGCCACUGUGCCGCUUCAGCCGCGCCACUACUUAUUUUCAUGCAAAAUUUAAAGCGCAGUUGCAUCGCCACUCGUGAUACACGUGCGCCAGUGUGAUGCGCGUUCACAAUUAUACACAUUAAAGUUAGCGACCUACUAUAGACUGCUCUCUUUCGCACUACUUCAUAAAAAUGACAAGGUCAUAAGAUGGUAAAUGGGAGGAGGAGGAAACAACACGCGUCCGCUCCGCACAGUUGUGAAAGCCAAUUAAUUUGCUAACAACCAAUCACGUGGGGCAGUCUUUUAUCAGUACUAAGUCCCUAACUUAAAUAAGGUGUAGUAAACUAAAAUUACUGACGCGCGGCUGCCGCGCAACAGUGGCGCCACUGCAGCUUUCUAUAAGCGUGUAAUUUGAAGACGCCUAUAGACUUGUAAUCGUUGAAUUUUUUUCUUAUCCAUUCCU